ACUCAAAUUGUUUACACUUCUACUACGACGCCGGUCGGUUAUGUGUCAACCUUCAAUAAUCAAUGGAUACAAGGUAACAGGAAAGCUACUAAAAGAGAGCAACAUGCAGCCGCAUCCUCUACAAAUUCCGGCACACCUGCUACCAGAGAACUUCGUUCCUUUGAACAGACACUUACCUGGGGAUCGUUAGCAAAAGACACUGCUAAGUCUUACAUCAAGCAAUGGACACAUUUUCGUCACUUUGUACGACGACAUAACCUACCGUUACGUAUGCCAUCAACCCAACAAGCCUUAUCCCUUUACGUGUGCUAUUUGAUAAAAUCUGGACUUGCAGUCUCUACCGUUAAAACCUACCUUAGUGCAAUUUCAUUCAUGCACAAGAUUUCUUACAUGGAGGAUCCGACAGUCUCGACAAAAUUGACCAUUCUGUGUAGAUGAGCC